UUUAGAUUAAAAUAAAAAUAAAGAUUUUUGUGGUGUUGACGUUGUUGUUGUGGUUUGUGGUUUUCACUUUUUCACAGUUUAUUUAUUGUAAGUGCUGAUUGAUGAAUAUCUGAAUAUACAAUAAAUAAUAUACAUUAAGUGGACAACAUAAAGUUUAGGGCAACGGCCAUUCAACAGCAUGAAUUUUGUGAACAGUGUUGCCAUAUCUGUUUAUAAUUUAGACAUAUGAAUUUAGACCUUGUUUAAAAUGUUUUUUUUUAUAAUUUAGAUGUUUAUUUCAUAGGUUAGUUUAUUCAUUUAAGUUAGUUUCUUUUUAUUACUAUUUAGUAUUUUAGAUAUUUUAUUAGUUAGAGUUUAGAGUCUACAGUUUAAGUUAGUUUCUUUUUAUUACUAUUUAGUAUUUUAGAUAUUUUAAUAGUUAGAGUUUAGAGUCUACAGUUUAAGUUAGUUUCUUUUUAUUACUAUUUAGUAUUUUAGAUAUUUUAUUAGUUACAGUUUAGAAAUCUUCACAUUGUUUAAUGUUUCUAUUAACUAUUGCCACUAUUGAUUUUUAUAUAAUUUUAAUGCUUUUAUAGUCUGUUCGCUAAACUCAGACGCAACUGGCUACAUAUUUUAGUGGAUAAUUUUUUACUAAAAUUGGCAAAAUUACCGACUAAAAUAUCUAGAAAGUUGCGUCUGAGUUUAGCGAACAGACUAUAAUAUAUUUUCUGAUUUAUAUAUAACAUUUGUUUUCGAUUUUUAAAUUAUAAAUGUUCUAUUCAAUUUUGAAUUUUAGAUGUUACAGUAAGAAAUAUUUUACAACAUGGCAACACUGUUAGUGUUUUUAGAUUACCUCAAAUGUCAACUACAAAUUGGUUAUGUUUGGUUGCCCUAAACUUGAUGUUGUCCCAUUAAGUUAUCAUUCAACGGUUUAAGUUUAACGCUUAGAAGAAUUGUUAAGCGUUAUACUGUGACAAAGUUAUUGCAAUAAGUGAAAAGAUGGAAGCAAUAAAACAAGAAACCAUUGAGGAGAUCUGUGAAGUAAAAAUAGAGAAUAAUGGAUUGGAUGAUGCUCUUUUGGAUAGCUUUAAAUGUGAAAUUAAGGAAGAAGAUGAUAGCUUUAAAUGUGAAGUUAAGGAAGAAUCCAAUCUCGAAAGUACUGAUGAUAUCUUUGAUUGUUCAGCUGUGAAGGAAUUUCCCAUAAAGACUGAACUAGAACAAGAUGGAAAUAAACUGAUCAGUUUUAAAGGAAAACGAAAAAUCAAAGAGGAUGUAUAUCCAGUUGAGUUAGGCCAGCUGCAUACUAUUGAAUUGGAAGAAAUUGCAGAAGCAGGUUUGACUCAAGAGGACAACAAAAUGAAACCUAUAGAACCAUUUUUUGAACAUUCAUCACAAGGACAAAGCGGGCACGCUGAAGAAAAAGCCGUAAAUAAAAAUGUAGCAGUUCAAAUUAUACAAAGACCUUACAAUUGUGAAAUCUGUUUGAAGAAGUUUUCUCAGCACAAAAGUUUGAAAAGACACACUAUAGAAAAACAUUAUACUGGAGAAAAACCUUUUAAUUGUGAAUUUUGUUUCAAGCAGUUUAGUACUACAGGUAAUUUGCAAAAGCAUUUGAGAGUGCACACUGAAACAAAAUCUUUCAAUUGUGAAAUUUGUUCAAAGCAGUUUAAUUGUGCAAGUUAUUUGAAAAGGCAUUCGAUGGUACAUACUGGAGAAAAACCCUACAAGUGUGACUUGUGUUUUAAACAGUUUAGUCAAGCAUGUCAUUUGAAAGAACAUUUAAUAAUUCACACUGGAGAAAAACGAAAAAAACCUUAUAAGUGUGAAACGUGUUUUAAGCAGUUUUCUCAAACACAUAGUUUGAAAACACAUUUGAGAGUGCAUACCGGAGAAAAACCAUAUGAUUGUAAAAUUUGUUUUAAGCCAUUCGGUGAUGCAUCUAACUUAAAAAAACAUUUAAUGAUGCACACUGGAGAAAAACGCUUCCAGUGUGAAAUUUGUUUCAAGCAAUUUAUGCAUGCAGGUAAUUUGAAAACACAUUUGAGAGUACACACUGAGGAAAAACCUUACAAGUGUGAAAUAUGUUUUAAGCAAUUCACAGAAGCUGGUAGUUUGAAAAAACAUUUAAGAAUUCACACUGAAGAGAAACCUUACAAGUGUGAAAUUUGUUUAAAGCAAUUUAUUCAAGCAUGUCAUUUGAAAAAACAUUUAAUAACGCACACUGGAGAAAAGUAUAAGUGUGAAAUAUGUUUUAAGCAAUUUAAUCAAUCAGAUAAUUUGAAAACACAUUUGAGAGUACACACUGAGGGAAAACCUUACAAGUGUGAAUUUUGUUUUAAGCAGUUUAGAGAAUAUGGUAAUUUGAAAAAACAUUUGAGAGUACACACUGGAGAAACACCUUAUAAGUGUGAAAUUUGUUUUAAGCAAUUUAGCCAAACAAGUAAUUUGAAAACGCAUUUGAGAGUACACAGUGAGGAAAAACCCUACAAGUGUGAAUUAUGUUUUAAGCAGUUUAGUCAAGCAUGUCAUUUGAAAACACAUUUAAUAAUGCACACUGGAGAAAAGUGGUAUAAGUGAGAAAUAGCCCAGUAAAUGAACGGGAAAUUCGGCGAUACCGUGUAAUUUUCAGGGGCAACUCCGAAUUGCAUGAAAAUUUGGAUUUAGGUUCUACUUACCCUCCACUUCAAAGUUGAAAUUGUGCCGUUGGUUGCUAUUACUUGGGGGGUGACAGUCACCUCUUCUCGAGAGUGAAAAAACGCGCGUUUAAAAUAAGCCCGGAAUGGAUAAAUUGACUAAUUCUAAGCAACUUUUGUUCUAUAGAGUUUUUUACGUAAGUCGAUACUUUUCGAGUUAUUUGCCAUUGAAAAUGUUGAUUUUUCGACAAAAAACUACGUUUUCAGACGGUUUUUCGGAAAUAACCCAAAAAGUAAAUAUUUUAUCGAAAAAAAUAUCCUUAGUAAAAGUGUACCUUAUAAAAAAACCCAAAAAAUGGUGUAUCAGUAAAGUCUAUCAAUCAAACAAAAACAAAGUUGUAGCUCAUGAAAAAUAAGUUCUUAUUCGUCUAAUUACAAAUCGAAUAUUUCAAGGUGAAAUCACCGAAAAAUUAGGCACUUUUCGGGAAAAACCCAUUUAAACUUUUUUAAAGUGUUUAUAAAAAGAUUUGUUUUAAUUGUUAACAAAAGAUUUAGCAUUAAAAAUAAGCUAGUUACGCUCAAAAUAAAGUUGGCCCUCUUUUUUUUUUGUAAAAAAUCAUGAAAAUCUCGCCGUGUUUAGCUCCCCAAAUGAUAUUAAUCGCUACCGCUUUACAAACAAUUUACUUACCUAUCGAUUUUUUAUAUGAUCUGUCAGUCUCACCGGUUUAAAGUGUUUAUUUUUGAAUGGGUUAUAAUUGAGAAAGCUUGAAUGGGUCACUAAUUACGAAUGUAUGCAAAUUUUGAACAGCCAUAUCUUAACCAAUUUUUGUCUUACGGAGAAACAAAAUGAAACUACCAUAUUUAUAAUAGCAAAACCUACAUUUUUUUACUCUUUAAGAUUUUUCUUAUCACUAAUACUUUUUAAGUUAUUUUGAAAAAAUGAAAUUUUACAAAAAUUUUUAGAAAUUUUUUUUUACUAUAAAAUCAAAUGUUUUCAAAAAUAAGCACUUCAAACCAAUCAAACUUACAGAUCAUAUAAACAAUACACAUACAGUUAAAAUAGAUGGUAAAGCCAAACGAUUAAUUUCAUUUAGGUUGCUAAAUAGAGGGAGGUUUUCACGAUUUUUUUUACCAAAAAAAGAGGGGUCAACUUUUUUUUUCAGUGUAAUUCGUUUAUUUUUGAUGCUGUAAACUUUUGUAAAAAACAAAUAAUAAGCUUUUUUUCGAUACUUUAAAAAUGUUAAUAAGGUUUUCCCGAAAAACGCUUCUUUCUUCGGUGAUUUCGCGUUGAACUAUUCGAUUUGGAAUUAAACUAAUAAGAACGUAUUUUCGAUGAGCUACAACUUUGCUUCUACUCAAUUUGUAGACUUUACUCGUACACCAUUUUUUUCGUUUUUUUAUAGGCUACACUUUUGCUAAAAAUAUUUUUUUCGAUAAAAUAUUUACUUUUUGAGUUAUUUGGGAAAAACGGUCUGAAAAGAUAGUUUUUCUGUCGAAAAAUCAACAUUUUAAAUCGCGAAUAACUCGAAAAGUAUUGACUUACGUAAAAAACUUUAUAGAACAAAAGGUGCUUAAAAUAAGUCAAUUUAUCCAUUUCCGGCCUUAUUUUAAACACGCGUUUUUCACCCCCCGAGAAGGGGUAAAUGUCACCUCCCAAGUAAAAGCAACCAACGGCACAAAUUCAACUUUGAAGUGGAGGGUAAGUAGAACCUAAAUCCAAAUUUUCAUGCAAUUCGGAGUUGCCCCUGGAAAUUACACUCCACAACGGUCAUUUAUUGGGCUAAAAUUUGUUUUAAGCAGUUUAGCCAAGCAAGUAAUUUGAAAACACAUUUGAGAGUACACAGUGAGGAAAAACCCUACAAGUGUGAAUUAUGUUUUAAUCAGUUUAGUCAAGCAUGUCAUUUGAAAAAACAUUUAAUAACGCACACUGGAGAAAAGUGGUAUAAGUGAGAAAUUCGCAGGUGUUGGCAGGUUUAAACCAACUGGUUUUUUUAAGAAAAAAAUCUAAUUUUUUCAAAACAAAGUAAUACAUUAGUGAUUCUAUGCGUGCAUGGAAGGUGCUUGAUAACAAUUUCAAAAAUAUUGAAAAUGAGGUGUGUAUACUUAAAAUUAAUUAAUUCAAUAAAAAUUCAAAAGUCGGUGUGAAAUGGCAAUGAUAGAAGUACAUUCUUUAUCAUAUAUGGUUGACACAAGGGAAAAUCUCCUUACUUAGAUUUAACACAGGAAGAGACACCAAAAGCACUGGACUUCGCAUAAGAAAAGUAUCCUGAAAUUGACGUUUUGUCAAUAAUUAUAAAGUUUCAGGCAAAAAGUGUACCUUUUCAAAAACAUUUUUUUGAAAAAAGUGUCACUUCAAAAUUGACACGGAUUGAGUUGUGAAAAAGUCACAAAAAUAUUGAUCCUAACAUCAUUAAUGUUACGUUACUGAACAACUUCUCACAACCUAAGCGCUUCGGCAAGCGUUGAAAGAAUUUUUUCCUUUGCGCUACCUAGUGCAGUCGAAACUUCGAAACAGGUUGCGUACAGCAAAAGCCUCCAAAUUGAUGGUUUUUAUUUAAAAUUUUUAAUACAUCUAUCGCAAAUGAAGAAAAUAGAGGUAAAUAAAUUCUAUUUUUGUAUUUUCCAACUUAGUUAUUUUGAAAUUAUGUUUGAAGAUGUUUUUUGUUAUAUUAAUUUUUUGUACGUAAAUAAAAAUAAAAGUUGUCUUAAUCAUUUUUUUCA